AUGUCCAACCGUGAAGAACCUCCAUAUGACCCCUACAUUCCCGGCCCCCAUCAGAAUGGCAGCGGCGGCGGCGACGGCCCUAAUGGUAAUCACCGCACCGCGGCACUUCAAGCUGAAAUCGACAGCACCGUCGGCAUCAUGCGCGACAACAUCAACAAGGUCUCUGAGCGUGGAGCUCGCCUAGACUCGCUGCAGGACAAGACAGACAACCUUGCUGUCUCUGCCCAAGGCUUCCGAAGGGGCGCCAACCGCGUGCGCAAGCAGAUGUGGUGGAAGGACAUGAAGAUGCGCAUGUGCCUCAUUGUCGGCAUCAUCAUCCUGCUGAUUGUCAUCAUUGUCCCUUCGGUCGUAGCUACGCAAAAGAAAUAA